CCAGAAUUAAAAGAGAGUUUAUCCAGGAUGGGCUCGGACCUAAAGCAAGGCUUCAUCAGCUCUCUGAAGAGUGCUUGGCAGACACUGAAUGAGUUUGCCCGCGCUCACACCUCGUCCGUUCAACUGCAUGAACAGCUCGCCAUGGUCGCCAGUCAAAUCAAAGCAGAAGAGGAAAAGCAGCAAGGGGAAGAGGAGAAUAAGAUGGCUGAGAGUCCUGAGCCCCAGAAGGAAGAGGAGACACAAAUAAAAGUGGGCAUGCUGAAUGGAGGGAAUCGCGUUGACUACGUCCUGCAAGAGAAACCCAUCGAGAGCUUCAAUGAAUACCUGUUUGCACUCCAAAGUCAUCUGUGUUACUGGGAAUCUGAAGAUACAGCCCUGCUUCUCCUCAAGGAAAUUUACAAGACCAUGAACAUACACCCAGAUCAUUCAGUGCAUUGAUGUAACGGCUCACUAAAACUCCUCAGUCAUCACAAAUCACAUUACUUUGAAGAUAAAAGAAUAUUUUAAACAGUAUUCAACUCUUCAUCUGGGACUCUUUAUUUUAUUUUUUAUUCUUGUAGUCUAUAUUAAAAUACACUUGUAUUAUUCCAUGUGUCUUAAAUUAAGAAAUUAAAGUCAAAUAGUGGAUUUCAAUAUUCGGUAUAAAAUGCCAUUUUUAUAGCUUAAAUUAUAGAGUUGCGAAUGUUUGAGUCCAAAUGGAAUCAAAUGGUAUUAACAGAAAUUGUAUCUAUAGUUAGUGAAGCAAUAUGCUGUAUAUGCUGUGUAAAACCUACAACCAACAAAUCAUAAUAAACUGAACUAUUAUGAGCCGUUUUGUCGAUUUGGCUUGUUAGACCAUGUUACAGUUCUCUUCAAUAUAUUGGGA